AUGCCAGCUGCUGAUUCUAUAUCUAACGCCCUUGAAUCGGAAGGAUGUUUGAUUAAGAAAGAACCCGUACUGGCAAAAGAAACAAUUAUGGGGCUCUGUACUACCCAGUUGAUCCUGGCCAUUUUAAUGCUGAUUCUGCUCGUGCGGGAGCUGUUCAUAACUCAGAAUCCCCUGAUAAGUGACUCUCCGCUGAAAAAUGAAAACAUGGAGACUGUCGGAAACAUUGUCGAUCGAGAUGUCAUACAGAUUAACCCCAAUAUGCUUGUCGACCUCCUCAUUAGCGACCCCUUGUUUGCAAGACAGGAGAAGGACGACCAGAUGUUGGAGGUGGUGCAAAAGGAGAAGGUUGAUGUUAUCUUCCAGAGGGCAGUCAGUUCAAUGCUUCGCCGUACUGUGGAAGGUCAAAGUCUGCCUAAAAGCAUGUCUUUUUUGCGCCGUGCUCUGUCCACCCUGGAGAAGGAAGCGCGUGCACAACAAGAUGACCUCGCCGCGAAGGCCGAAGACUCUAAGGAAGGAGAUGCUGGCAAUGAUGAAGACGAGGAUAAAAGGCGUAGGACGUUACUCAAAGCUAAAUAA